UAACUGGUUUUAGCAUAGAUAAUUGAAUGUACAAUCUUCUUUUUUUUGUUACAGAACGGUUUACACAGUACAGCCCUAAAAACCUUAGGCAAGCAUGGAAUAAGCUGAGCUAUGUGAAUCAUGCAGAAGAUCUAGCCUCCAAACUACUCCAGUGUUUCCCAAAGAACAGAUUGUCAGCACAGGCAGCUCUGAGCCAUGAGUAUUUCAGUGAUCUGCCCCCUCGGCUAUGGGAGUUAACUGAUAUGUCUUCUAUUUUUACUGUACCAAAUGUAAGAUUACAAGCGGAGACCGGAGAAAGCAUGAGAGUCUUUGGGAAAAACAAUAGUUAUGGCAAAGGUGUAUCAAACAGCAAACACUGAAGAAUACCUGAGUUUGUAAUAGAUGAUGCAGGUAAGAUGGUUAUUGGGAAGUAUGUCUUUGAAAAU